AUGAGCACACAAGCAAAACCGAUAACGAAGGAUAACAAUAAUUCUUCUAUUUUAUCAAACAAUAAUUGGAAAGUUGAUUAUUCCAAAGCAAAAAAAGUAGUCUCUCCUAAUUAUAAAACUGGUCGGCCAGUACCUAUUUGUGGUCUUGUUCUUCAUGGAACAGCGGGAGGUGGAACGAUUGAAUGGUUUCUAAAUCCAGCUAGUAAAGUUUCAAGUCAUUAUGUUGUUGAACAAGAUGGUACAGUUACACAAAUGGUAAGUGAAACCGAUGUAGCUUGGCAUGCUGGUGUUGUUUCACCUACUUCAAUACUUGCUGAUAAAGGCAACCCAAAUGGUUUUUGUAUAGGAAUUGAAUUUUCACGUAACAAAACUAAUGAUAAUAUAAUGCCCGAUGUACAAAUAUUAUCUGGUUUGGAUUUAGUCAAUGAUAUUCGUGGUCGUUAUCCUCAUAUUCAGAUUUAUUUUCAUGAUGAAAUAUCAAUAGGACGCAUCUGUCCGGGGCCUAAUUUUCCUAAAACACUUUUCCGAGCAUAA